CGCUCUUGUACUGACAUAGCUUGCAUGCUUGCUUGUUGGGAAUGAAAUUUCCCAGGACGAAUUCAGUUGCAAACAGAGCGCCGCCGUGUACGGAAACCUUCGUUGGUGAAAUAAAUAUUUAAAUACAAGAGAAAAACUUAGCCAAAUUAAAAAUUCUGUUUAAUUUUUAGAAUCCACAAUAACAUCUAAAUUGUUUGCAAUUAAGGAGAGAAAUAAUUUACUAAAAUAGUUCACAAACAAAACAGUGCAAAUAUAAAUUUUUUUUAAAACAGAGCGAGAAUUGUCAAUGCUGAAAGUGUUUAUUGUUGUGGAAAAUGUUAAGAGGCCAGCUAAGUUUUCACGCUAAGCACUCAAUACACUCACGCAUUGAAUUGUUGUAUGCCAUCAGCGGACGAAAAUCAUCAAGAUGUCCGAGUAUUGGCUUAUUUCAGCCCCUGGCGACAAAACCUGCCAACAAACGUUCGACACCAUGAACAAUCUCACCAGCAAACAAAAUAAUCUAUGCAACAACUAUAAGUUUCAUAUACCCGACUUGAAGGUCGGUACACUCGAUCAAUUGGUCGGUCUCUCCGAUGAUUUGGGUAAACUGGACACUUAUGUGGAGCAAAUAACACGCAAAGUUGCCGCCUAUUUGGGUGAGGUGCUCGAGGAUCAACGCGAUAAAUUGCACGAAAAUCUACUCGCCAACAACAGUCCGGGGCCGCCCGACGACAACACGCAUGCGCAUACGGAAUUGACGGGUAAAGCAUCAAAUUUAUCGAAUAGUCGUGACACGACCACUACCACUACCACUUGUUCCGCAUGCCACACCGGAAGCCUAAAUAAUUGCUCCUCUAGCGAGGCAUCUGCAGCGUCUGCGUCUGAGCGUGAAUUCGAUUUGUGUGCAUCGUCGCCUGUGUGCGCGUGUGAUGAAUGUGCUGCCAGUGCCAAUGUGAGCGCUAGCGUUAGCGCGAGCGGCGUCAGCGCCUGCGCUAGUGCGAGCGCCACAGCCACCACCCUUGAGGCUGAUGAAUGUUAUCCUUUUACUUCUUCCUCCCUGAAUGUGCCUACAUGCCAUGCGUCCGUCAUCGCAUCCGCAACCGCAUCCGCAUCCGCCAAUGCCUACGCCUACGCCUGCACCUCUGCCGCCGAUUGCGCAUCCGCUGCCGUUGUUGCUAAUAAUGCCUCAUAUUGCUCCACAUCGGCGCCCACCACAAUGGUCGCUGAUGAGCGCCGCAACGCUGCUACUACUACUUCUACUACUACCGCUAGUAAAUUUUUUAACAGCUUUUCCAGCAACAAUAACAACAACACAUGCAACAUAAAUAAUAAUAAUCGUUUGGGUUUGACGAUCAGUUGUAGCGGCGCAAAUAUGCUGCAACUGCAUCAGUCACAACAGCAUCAUCCCCACCAACAGCACCACCAUCACCAACAACAGCAACACCACGAACCGCUUCACCUACAACAUCCGUUGUUGCAACAACAUCACCACCACCACCAUCAUCAUCAACAACAACAACUCCACCACCACCACCAUCAUCAUCACCACCAUCAGUCGCCGCUGUCGGACGGUGGUGAGGGGCACGAACAGCAGAACCUGAAGGGCAGCAACAGCACGUCGGAUUUGAGUGAUACAUUCGAUUGGUGGUUUCAUAGGCAUAAAAGAAAUUCAAAAAAGAGCAGCAGUCGCUCAUCAACGUUUCAAUUAAAUAUAAACAAUGGAUUUAAUUUCACACCAACUCAUAGAUCGUCCCCAGUGAGUAGUUGUUGUGGCAGUAGUAGUCACGGUCGUUCCAGUCCGGACACAGAUUUGGGCGAACCACCGGCAUUCCCAUUAAGUCCAGCCGAUCUAUCCGUGUACAUUACCCGCUUUCAAUGGGAUAUGGCUAAGUACCCGAUUAAGCAGUCGUUGCGCAAUAUUGCCGAUAUUAUUUCGAAACAAAUUGGGCAAAUCGAUGCGGACCUGAAGACUAAGUCUACGGCUUACAACAGUCUUAAGGGUAACUUGCAAAAUCUGGAGAAGAAGCAAACCGGAAGUUUGCUGACCCGUAAUUUGGCCGAUUUGGUCAAGAAAGAACAUUUCAUUCUCGAUUCGGAGUAUUUGACCACAUUGUUGGUAAUUGUGCCAAAAAUUCUUGCUAACGAUUGGUUAGCCAACUACGAGAAGAUCACUGACAUGAUCGUGCCACGUUCCUCGCAAUUGAUCACACAGGACAAUGAUUACUGCUUGUUCAAUGUGACACUCUUCAAGAAGGUGGUUGAAGAAUUCAAACUGCAUGCGCGUGAACGCAAAUUCAUUGUACGUGACUUCGUCUAUAAUGAGGAGGAAUUAGCAGCUGGCAAGAAUGAGAUGACUAAGCUCAUUACCGAUAAGAAGAAGCAAUUUGGCCCAUUGGUCAGAUGGUUGAAGGUGAACUUCAGCGAAGCUUUUUGUGCUGUGGUGCAUGUGAAAGCGCUGCGCGUUUUUGUAGAAUCCGUUUUGAGAUACGGCUUACCCGUAAAUUUCCAAGCCAUCCUCAUCGAACCCAACAAGAAGAGCGUGAAACGCCUACGUGAAUGCCUUAAUCAACUGUAUGGACACUUGGAUGGUGCUUCUGCUGGCGGUCAGAGCAAUGCCAGCAUUGAUAAUGUUGACAUCCCCGGCUUGGGCUUUGGCCAAUCGGAAUACUUUCCCUAUGUGUUUUACAAACUGAACAUCGAUAUGGUGGAAACAGCAAAAAUCUAAAGUUCUUUUGAGUUGAACGCUCAACAAUCCAAUUUAGCCUAAUCACAAAUGAAAUGAAGAGAAAUACCUUUACAACUAUGUUUACAAAACAAGAGAGAAGAAGCAACAAACUAUAAUUAUCCUACAAGUAAAACAAAAGCAAACGAUAAAAAAGUUUAUAUAAAUCUUUAAAAUAGUAUAAAGAAAAUUACUAAACCAUCUGUAUGUAUGUUGUCAGUUCCACGUUCUUUGUUCGAUAUAUUACGCGGCAUAAACGUUCGGGUGACAGCGCAGUGCAAAACGAUAAGAGAGGAGUGAGGUGUACGCGCGCUCGCCAUGUCAUGUAAAACAAAAGUAUAAAAGCAAUGCUUUACAUAUAUAUACUUAUAUACGCAUAUAUAUAUGUAUAUAUAUAUAUAUACAUAUGUAUAUAAUAUAUGUAUGUAUAAAUAUUUCGCGUCUUCUACGAAAUUUUGUAGUUAUUUCUGCAUGUUGUUAAAAUUUUAAUUAGUUUCAUUUAUAUACAUAUAUUUGUUUUAUCUUAGUUUGGAAAAAAGUUAAUUUACACGCACACAUACAUACACAUACUAAAUUCUUCUAUUGUGUUUUUGAGAGAGAGCAUUGCUGUUAAAACCAAUUUCGUCAUCAAAUUUUAAUGCCGAGUCUUGACUGCAGUGGUUCAAGUGUAAUUAAUUAUAGAAUAUAUAUAGUAGGUUUCUUCGUUUCGUUAUUCUACUUUUUGUGUGGUUUAUUAAGCCAAUUUGACAGUAUUUUCUAUUUUCCUUUACAUCUGUCGUUGUGUUGUUAGUUAAAUAAAAAACUCUUUCUGCAAUUUUCGCCAUCAAUUCAACAACAGUGGGGUAAAUUUUUGUUUUCAAACCAAAUUUUAUUAAAUAUUUUUGUUAAACUUAGCCUUUUAGCGCAAAUUAUGUCCGAGUACGUUGCGUUUUGCUUUCAUCUAUAUAAAAAUAGUCAAAAAUGGUUUUUCUUAAGCGCAAAAUUACGUUAGGCCAUUAGUUGGUGAGGUAAUUCGUAAGCAUUAAAGCAAUUAUACAGCCAUUGUACUUUUAUAUACAUAUACGCAUACAAAGAAAGAUAUGCUUGCAUUGAUUUAACGGUUAAUUACAAAAAUUUAAUAAUUAGAAAAUUGUUCUUGGAUUUGUUUUACAAAUUCAUAGUUUUGGUGUACAUACGGGCAACAGGCAAAUCAAGAAGAACACAAAGUGAAACUUUAAAGUAAUUAAAAUAGAAUGGGAACAACAUCAUCAUUUAAUAUUAUUAGAGUUAUGAAAUAAAUCAACAGCGUACUAAAUUCAAUAACAAUGCUAAUAUCUAGCAUAAAGUGUAUAUUUACUAUGUGUAUGUUUAUUGUUGUUGUUGAAAGAAGCUAGCAUACAUAUAUACUGCGUGUUUUUUAUGAAUAAUCAUACUGUACAACUGGCGCCAUAUUGCUUAUGUUAAACUAAAAAAAAAUUUUAAUAAAGCCAAGAAAUAUUAUAAAUAAUGCGCAUAAAAGGACAUAUGAGGGAGGGAAGCCGCAGCGCAGUUGUGAACUUUUGCUAAAAUUUUGUUUCUAAAAGUAAAAGCACUUGCGAAUUGUAGUUUACAUUUUAAUUUCAUCUAUGCAAUAAACGCGCGUGCUUCCCUAACGCAAAGCAAAAACACCGCUUGGUGUCCUUUAACCCCUACAACAUUGUUGCGAAAGAGAACGUACAAUAAUAUUUGUAAACUCUAAACUUAAAAGUAAAAUAAUUAUAUAUAUACAUACAUAUAUAUUAUUGUUAUAAAAAAUGAAUAUUUCAAAUUUUAUUGCGUAUUAAAAGAGGUACACAUUCAACUUACAUAAACUUACAGAAUUAUAUACACUUCCACAGACACAUAUACAUAUACACUCACACAUACAUACCUACUUUCAAGCUACACAAGAAACAAAACUUAUUUUGCAACAGAAAAGUGAAAACCAAACCAAACUCUAUGUAAAUGUACAUAAGGAGUAUUUAAGCAGUCAGUAUGAAAACAUAAAUAAGUUUGAUGAAGCGUAAAAGAGUAACGAGCUAACGCCAUCCUUGUAAAUAAUUAUACGAAAAAAAGACAUUCCAA